AUGGAUGAAAGAGAGAUCAAACGAUCUUUACUCAGUGUUUCAGCUGAUGCCAAGAAAAUUUAUAGAUUAAGAAUACAAAAGUUUAAAAAAUCUCAUCUUUUGUACGUAAUACUAUUUGGAUCCAUUGCACUUCUACAAUUCAUAGCCAUCGCAUUUUUCACAAAGGGGUUUCUUUUAUCUAGGCAGGUUCUUGACAAUAUUACUCCGCUCGAUUCAAAUGUCAUUGAUGCAAAAUUCGAUAAAGCAGUGAUCCUCAUAGUCGAUGCUCUGAGGUUUGAUUUUGUUAUUCCGGUUGAUUCCACAGAACACUUGAACAACAACUAUCACAAUAAUAUAGACAUUCUCUACGAUACUUUCAAAAAUGGCAAUUCACAUGGCUCAUCCAUUCUAUUGAAGUUUCUAGCAGAUCCUCCAACAACAACCUUACAAAGGUUGAAAGGUCUCACUACAGGUUCAUUACCAACAUUUAUAGAUGCAGGUUCAAACUUCAAUGGUAAUGUAAUUUUUGAGGAUAAUUUGAUCAGACAACUGUCUGAAAAUUUGAACAGAGAAAUCCUAUUUGUUGGGGACGACACAUGGGAUGCUCUAUUCCAUCCAUUUUUAUCAAACAAUAGUCUUCCCUAUGAGUCGUUGAAUGUAUGGGACCUAGAUACUGUGGAUAAUGGAGUCAUUGACUUUUUCGAUGAGAAUUUAAAGAAAAAUGACGAUUGGGAUGUUUUAAUAGGACAUAUGCUUGGGGUAGAUCACGUAGGUCAUAAAUAUGGUCCAAACCACUUCACUAUGAGGGAAAAACAACUCCAAGUUAAUACAUUUAUAAAAAAAAUAAUUGACUCUAUCGAUAACAACACCCUUCUAGUUGUCAUGGGGGAUCAUGGUAUGGACCACACAGGAAACCACGGAGGAGAUUCUAUAGAUGAAUUAGAGAGUACUUUGUUCCUUUAUACCAAGAAAAAGAAUAUAUUCAGGAAGCAUGAUGAUUUUACACCAUACAAUAUCACGGACCUUGGAAAAAAUUACAGAGCCGUUAACCAGAUUGAUUUAGUUUCCACUUUAUCAUACUUACUAGGCAUUCCUAUUCCAUUCAAUAAUUUGGGAUGGCCUAUUGAGGAGAUUUUCCAUUCGAAGAAUGAUAAGAUAAAGAUGACAAAAAGAGUCUUAGAUCAGUUGAGAACAUACCAAGAAAUCAUGGGUAUUUCAUUUCAAGAUCCAGAAUCUAAUGAAAAUGGGAGAAGUAUGAAUGAAUCAUUUUUCAAUGACAUUAUAGCGACUGGAAGUUAUGAACUGGGUCAAAAAUAUCAAUCGAUUCUUCUAGAGAAAUGCAAAGACCUUUGGGCUAGAUUUGAUUAUUAUUCUAUUGCUACUGGUCUCAUAUUAUUGACUAUUUCUGUAACUAUCCUGAUUUUAAUAACAAAAUUAAUUCCUUCGAUAAUUGUUAAUCAGAUGGUUGCUGAAUUUUCACCAUGGAUAGUUAUUAUGUGCAUAAUUUCGAAUGUGGGCUUUUACGGGAUUUAUUAUGUUUUCAAACAGCCAAUCUUUAUAGAUAGUGCACUAUGGUGCUGUCUAUUAGCAACAUCUGUUGGUAUUACAGUGGGUAUAUUUAUUCCAAUUUUGGAUCGCUAUAGUUUAACUUGGGUAUUUUUGAGAUUUUUCCAGGAUACCUUUUCUGACUACUGGUCUGGCAUUGGUGUGGCAAUAGUACUCAUUCAUGCAUUGCUAUUUACAUCAAAUUCCUUCACUAUCUGGGAAGAUAAAAUAGUGUCAUUUUUAUUAAUUACCUUUGGAAUUUUAACUUUAUAUGAAUUUGUCUUUCUACCCAAGAGGCAAUCCACAACAGCACUAUUAACUGCUACAAUGAGUGAAAAGGAGGGCACGACAUCCGGUGUAAGUACAUCAGUAGCAAACUCUAACGCUUUACCUUUAUCGAGGUUUGCAAGAUUAAUGGGAGGAUACCAUUCAAUAAUCUUAAUCUUAUCUACAAGACUUUCUUCGUUAAUUACAAUAUGCAGAGAGGAACAGAGCGAUUAUUGCAAGCCGACAUUCAAUUUGGCUAAUAAUUAUUCAUGGUGGAGCAUGACACUAGUUUUUCUCAUUGUUUUCUUGAUGCCCUCAUGCAUCAAGGGUUACUACAAUCUAACAUCUUCAUACCAAGCAGCAGCACCAAUUUGGAUCGACCUUUUUUUAAAAGGAGUUCUAUUCACCAACUUUAUAUAUUGGGGUCUAACUGCCUUAGAAAAUACUUCGGUGCUUAUAGAUUAUGAUAUGACCAUUUUAAAGUUGUUAAUCUCGAGAAUAAUUGCCGGGUUCAGUUUGAUUGCUACGAAUGUUGGCUGGCUCAUGGGUCCAUUGUGCAUCAAGUUAAAUGUUCAUAAUACUGACGUUAAGUCGCACCAGGCAACAAUCCUAGGCUAUACGAACAUAUAUGGCUCAGAGUUUUUCCUACUAGUGAUAAAUACUGUGAUGAGCAUAGUCUUAUUUAAUAAACCACUAGCACAAAUUUCACUCUUCUUAAUGUGCAACCAAUUGUUGUCAAUAUUAGAAAUUAUUGAUCUGUUGAAAUUGAAAGAAAAUAUCAUUGGGCCUAUCAUAUUGGGGCUGCUGUCAUAUCAACAAUUUUUCAGUACAGGACAUCAAGCAACAAUACCUUCUGUUCAAUGGGAUAUGGGAUUUAUAUUAUCUGAGAAAAUUGUUUUCCCAACAACGCAUAUUUCCAUAAUUUUAAAUACAUUUGGGCCUCAUAUAUUAGUCGCAUUGUCAGUUGCAUUGAUUACACUAUGGAAACAGCCACCGGAUGUAUUGAAACCACAAACGUUACUGGGUAGGAUCGUUUCCAACUGUGGGAUCCUUUUGAUUUAUAACACUAUCCUAUGCUUAAGCUCAUUUAUUUGGGUUACACACUUCCGUAGACAUUUAAUGGUUUGGAAGAUAUUUUGCCCAAGAUUUAUUUUUGCAUCUUUGUGCUUAAUUGUAGUACAAGUAGUGGUAACUUUUGGAACCAUUGGAUUUGCUACCGGUAGGUUGAUUGAACAUAUCAAUGAUAUAUUUUGGAAAUGA